GUUUAUCCCAAGGCGGCGGGCUCACUGGACAACAUAGGGGCACCGCCUAAACCACUGAGAACGUUUCGUGACAAUCCACGCCAGUCUCAUAGAUCUUCUAUGGUGCAUUGCAAAGGAGCUCCUGUUGAAGCCGCUGGUGCUCCUUAUCACUGUACUGAAGAACAAUUUCUAGAUGCAAUUCUGGAAAAAUUUCCACAGGGAACUUGUUGGUACAUGAACAAUGGAAGGCUCUUUUUUGUGAACCCAUAUAGCGAUAUAUCGUUUUCGAAAAGAAGGCCAAGCCCUGCUAUCUCAAGUAUUUCUGUCUCCCUGCUUAAACAAAGAAAUGCAGCGCUCAUUUUGAGAGGUGUCGCUGGCUCUGGUAAAUCGCAGAUCUCCGAGCUCAUUUGUCUUGACAUCGCAAAACGAUUCUGUCCACGAGGGACCAUCUUUGCUAUUUUGCAUGCUGCUUUUGUUGCUCUACGACCUUUCAUCACGAUAAACAACAAACACAAUAAUCAGUCCUCUACUGCUUUGGCUCACAUGGAGUUUUGCAUCCGAAAUGGGCGCUUAAUGUGUGUUAGAUUGAAGCACUUUAUGUUGGAUUCGCCAAGCAGAGGAUGUAGAGCGAAUAUUUUCGCAAUGCUUGCGAAUGAUUUGGAUGAACACGAUAAAGAAAACUACCGUAUCUCCGGUUUUCGUCUAAAAGAUGACCACCAAGGCUUUGGCAAUGUCGCAGAUCUGAGGUCUGCACUCACUGAGUUAGGCAUAUCGCAUGAAGAUAUAUUCAAG